CAGAAUCAGCAAGCGAGCAUUUUGUACCCUGCUGCUCUGCUAGGGUUUUACCACUCCUACCUGACUAUCCUCAUGGCGGCGGCGGCGGCGCUGCGUACGCCGGCGACUCGCAGCCACCUCCUCCUCGCCGCCCGCACGUUUCUCCGGACAGGCCGCAACCUCUCCACCAACCCACCACCCCCGCAGACACCCACCACAGUCACCGCCGAGCUCCUCCGCCUCCUCUCCGCCGCCCCUGCCUGGACACCCGACCUCGUCCAGGCCGUCUCCUCCACUCUCUCCACCGCCUCCGUCCCCGAUGUCGUGGUACCCGUCCUCCGCUCCCUCAGGAACCCUUCCCUCGCCGGUCCCUUCUUCCUCCUAGCCUCCUCCGCCUCCUCUCCCCAACCUCUUCCCCCCGACGCCUACAACGCCGUGCUCCCAUUCCUCUCCUACGACCCGGCGGCUCUAGAGAAAGUCCUCGAAGAGAUGUCCCUCCUAGGCUACGGCCUCCCAAAUCCUGCCUGCGCGGCUCUUGUCGCCACCCUCGUCCGCUCCCGCCGCCUGGAGGACGCCUUCCGUGCAAUCGGGGCCAUGCGGCGGCUCAAGUUCCGCCCGGCCUUCUCAGCCUACACCGUGCUGAUUGGGGCGCUGGCGGAUGCACGGCAGCCCGAGCGUGCGCUGGAGCUGCUGCGGCAGAUGCAGGAGGUCGGCUAUGAGGUAGGCGUGCCUCUUUUCACGACAUUGGUGCGCGCCCUGGCACGCGAGGGGCGGAUGGAUGUCGCAUUGACGCUGGUCGACGAGGUGAAGGGGAGCUGCCUUGAGCCGGAUAUUGUCUUGUACAAUGUGUGCAUUGAUUGUUUUGGGAAGGCUGGGAAUGUGGACGUGGCCUGGAAGUUCUUUCAUGAGCUGAGAGCACAGGGUCUCCGGCCAGAUGAUGUAUCGUACACGAGCAUGAUUUGGGUGCUUUGCAAGGCAGGGAGGCUAGGUGAGGCCGAGGAGUUAUUUGGGCAGAUGGAGGUGGAAAGGGAUGUGCCUUGUGCUUACGCUUAUAACACUAUGAUCAUGGGAUAUGGGUCAGCUGCCCGGUUUGAUGAUGCUUACAGGCUGCUUGAGCAGUUGAGGGAGAGGGGAUGUAUCCCGUCUGUCGUGUCAUUUAAUUCAAUUCUCACUUGCCUCGGCAAGAAGAGGAAGGUUGAUGAGGCACUGAGCUUGCUUGACAUCAUGAAGAAGGAUGCGAAGCCAAAUACCUCGACUUAUAACAUCGUUAUUGAUAUGCUGUGCAUGGCUGGGAGGGUUAAUGAGGCAUAUAAGAUACGUGAUGAGAUGGAGCUAGCUGGUCUGUUUCCUAACUUGUUGACAGUUAAUAUAAUGGUGGAUAGGCUGUGCAAGGCAAAGCAGCUUGAGGAGGCCCAUAAGAUAUUUGAAAGUGCGAGUCAGAGAGGUUGCAAUCCUGAUUCUGUGACGUACUGUUCCCUUAUGGAUGGCCUUGGAAAGAAGGGAAAGAUUGAUGAGGCCUAUAGGCUAUUUGAGAAAAUGUUGGAUGCAGGCCACAAUGCUAAUCCUGUCGUAUAUACCUCCUUGAUCAGGAACUUUUUCAUGCAUGGAAGGAAAGAAGAUGGGCACAAGAUUUUCAAAGAGAUGGUCCGUCGAGGAUGCCAUCCUGAUCUCACCCUAAUUAAUACAUAUAUGGAUUGUGUUUUCAAAGUGGGUGAGGUUGAAAGGGGAAGAGCAAUUUUUGAGGACAUCAAGAGUUAUGGAUUUCUUCCUGAUGUCCGAAGUUAUUCCAUUUUGAUUCAUGGGCUCACGAAAGCUGGCCAGGCUAGAGAAACAUCCAAUAUUUUUCAGGCAAUGACUCAACAAGGCUUUGCUCUUGAUGCUCGAGCUUACAAUGCUGUUAUUGAUGGAUUAUGCAAAUCUGGAAAGGUAGACAAGGCCUAUGAAGUUCUUGAGGAGAUGAAGCUAAAACAUGUAUCUCCUACAGUUGCUACAUAUGGAUCGAUUGUUGAUGGUCUGGCCAAGAUUGAUAGGUUAGAUGAGGCUUACAUGCUUUUUGAGGAAGCAAAAUCGAAAGGAAUAGAAUUGAAUGUUGUUUUAUACAGUUCUCUCAUAGAUGGUUUUGGGAAGGUUGGUAGGAUAGAUGAAGCUUAUUUAAUUUUAGAAGAGAUGAUGAAGAAGGGUCUGACUCCAAAUUUUUAUACAUGGAAUUGUCUCAUAGAUGCUUUGGUGAAAGCUGAAGAAAUCAAUGAGGCCCUUAUUUGUUUCCAGUCAAUGAAGGAAAUGAAAUGUCAACCAAACACUUAUACAUACAGCAUUCUUAUAAAUGGCCUUUGCCGGGUACAGAAGUACAAUAAGGCUUUUGUAUUCUGGCAAGAUAUGCAGAAACAGGGUUUGACCCCAAAUGUCGUCACUUACACAACCAUGAUCUCUGGGCUUGCAAAGGUAGGGAACAUAACAGAUGCUUGCAGCCUCUUUGAGAGGUUCAAAACCAAUGGUGGAGUCCCUGACUCUGCAUGUUUCAAUGCUCUCAUAGAGGGUAUGAGCAAUGCAAACAGAGCAACAGAGGCUUAUCACGUAUUUGAAGAAGCUCGUCAAAGGGGAUGUAGAGUCAAUGUGACGACAUGCAUCAGUCUUUUAGAUGCUUUGAAUAAGUCUGAAUGUCUUGAGCAAGCUGCGGUUGUUGGUGCAGUUCUGAGCGAGAUUGCCAAGUCCCAGCAUGCUUCUAGAUCCUUGUAAUAUUCAGGAUCUUGUAUCGUGACACUUGGAUGGUUGCAGAAUUUGCAAAUCUGUUGUGCCUGAGUUGAUCUGGCUGUACAGUUCGUGCCUUUCGGUGUCUUGAUAUGGGAGUUUUGAUGUUGCUGGUCAAUUUUUUUAAAUGGCAGCAAUUCAAUGCAUGGCUCUAUCCUGCUGUUUGGAGAAUGGACAUUCUUCUGCAGUUCCCUUGAUUCUGGUAAGGUUCUGAACCCCCAAAUUUCAGUCAUAUCUGCUUCACUGGCUCAGUGCUAUGAAUUGUUCAUUCGUUCAUCUCCAGACCUGGAAUUACGAAUUCGUCCAUGUGUUCGUGGUUACACAAUGUUAUGAAUUGUUCAGCCACAGAGUUUAGCUUGCUCCAUUAUUCUGAACUUUGUAGUGUCAGUAUUUGGCACAUGUUGGUCCAGUGCCUGUUGAAUGUGCAAUUCUUUCUGAACACAGAUGUCUUACAGAAUCAGGUCUUGUGAUGUUUCUUUCCCGCUCACAGUUGGCAGCCCCAUACCCACCCAAUGAAGUUAGGCUGGCAUGCCAUCGUGAUCAAAACCUGAUGUUAAGUGUGCUGUGUUUUCUGCAUUGCAGCGUGCUAUAGUAGUCUCCACUUCAUCCCAUGAAAGGUUGUACUCUCCCACAGGCUGUGGAAUAUAAUUUCUUCCCGAUCCUCUGCCGCACUGCAUCCCAUCUCCAUGUGGUCCAUCGCUGGUGCAGAUUGGUCUAAAAAGUGAAGGAACAGCUGUACCGAUGGUUGUUUGAAAGAAAUAGGGAUGAUUGUUGUUGUGAGGAACUACGGAGCAAAUUUGUGCCCUACAUCCUCUUGGCCUCUUCGCACCAGCCCAGUACUAAGCAUUACCACAAAGAGGAGUUCACAGCACUGGCAACGCUAGAAGUUCAGGUUCAGAUCCUUGAUUCACACAACAUGCUCCUUUCAGGCAAAGGGGAGGAGGCGUACUGCGGUAGUUUGGAUUAGAUCAUGUGGCUGUCGGCGCCCAUAAGGCUUCCGAACAAAACUGAAUUUAAUGUGUUGUAUCUUGGGUGAGGACAUGGUCGGACUGACAUCAUGCCGUCACAAAUCUUAAGAUCAUUUUAGAAGCAUCUGGCAAGGCUGGUGCCUCAGGAUUACGGUCAACCUAGGUAACCAGAGGUAAAUAAACAUAUUCGAAAAUCAAGAAAUGGUUUAUACAUUUUCUACGUGUUUUGCUAAUUAAGCUGAGAACUUAUUAAUUUUGCUGUGUGUUUUUAUUAUGAAUGCCACACUUAAAAUGUUGUGAUACUUCUACUGCUUUUUGGUUAUCUUUAUUUAUCUGUCCAUCCGUUUGAUUUUAUUUUCUGAUCAUUGGAGCAUUCCUUGCAUCUUUCUUGCCAUACAUAUUUGAUUGGUGUAUAUCUUUUCUGAAUCCUUCGUGUGAUGUGAAUGCUGGUAUAGAAGAACGUGGAUAAAUUGGCUAUGGCUACCUUAUAUCAUAAUGCAUACGACUAGCUCAAAAGUUAAGCUUUACUGAACUAUAUUUACAUUUAUGCCAAACAAUAUUGCGCAAGUGUAAAAAAUCAUUUCCCCAUGUGUUGUUAUUUCUUAUUUGUCAACAUAUCUCCUGAAUGUGUGGGUUAACAGGUUGGUUGCAGGUAAACAAUUGCCGUCUUUCUGCUGGUUGCAUUGAGCUUAGGGCUUAGAUAUUUCCCAGGAACUGUUUUGUGCGGCUGUAGAAUUAUUUGGCAUCCAACUCUUAGACCUUAUUACUUGUAUGUACUUUUUUUCGUUAAUAUAUGAUAGGCAGACUGUGCUAUCGCUGAAAGGUUCCCUCUUCCGAUGUUGUUGUUCGUGCUGCUGGUGCCCCUCCUUGGGUAGUUUAUCCUAAUGCCUCUGCUAUUUCCAAAUUAGGUUGCCCCUUCCAUGUUUGUCCCUGCGACUUCCCUCCUUGACAAAACAAAUAUAUUAUGUACUUUGUACAGCCAAACCACCAUCAAUGGAUUUUUUCUUUCUGUUUUACUGCCUUUUAGCUCUGUCAGCUGUGCUCUCAUGGAUGCGUUAUACCCUUAUAAAGUGGAAAAGACGCUUCUCAUCACGCAUAGAAAAGAAUUACUGCUGAUAGGAUCGAGACGAGAUGCUUCAUUCAGUUUCCCGGUGACCAAGUGGUGCGUAAAUCUGCCGUUUUUAAUCCAAACCCGUUCCCCAUAUCCAUAUCCAGAUGUAAAGGGUAGGGUAUGGGAAGAGAUUUUUUUACCUAUCACCAACGGGGAGGGUACGGGGAAUAUCCACCAGCUGUGAGGGUAAUUGCGGGUAAUCCCCGUGUUGUUCAAUUCCCAUCCCCGCAGGCGAUAGAUACCUAGACCUCCUCCGCAGGCGACCGGCGGCGACCAGACAACAGGGGCGGCGGCAAGCGGUCGACUGUCCAGGUACGUUUCUUCCUCCUGCGCCGCCUCCUCUCUAACGCCUCCCUCCGCGCCGCCGCCUCCUUCACGCCGCGUCGCCUUCUUCCUCCUGCACCAUCGCCUUCUUCCUCCGGCAUCGUCGCCUUCCUAGGAUAGAGGGGAGGAGCCUGAAGGGCCGGCAGUGCCCCGGUGGUCAAAUCCACCUUCAGGCAUCUUCUUGAGCUUGCUUGCCCCGGUGGCCGUUCGGGGUUGUCUUCAACGCCAUCGACAAGAUGCCGGAGUGCAGCGUCGCCGACGUCCGCGGCAAGGUCCAGGCUCUCGACGUGGCCGAGGAGCUCAUGAUUCGCCAGCACCACGAGCUGCUGCUCGGCAACAAUAAAAUCACGGGCAGUCAGACCUGCAGUGUCUAAUUUAAACUGAAGAAAUGGAUUAUUAGAUCAAAGACAUAGCAAUAUUAGAUUGAUUUACUCAUAUGUGUGGAAACUCGUCUUUGCUUGAGACCUUUACAUAAGUGGUGUGAUGAAGCAAGCUACUUUUGAUAACCGAUGAAAGCUCCCCUCCUAUAUAUAUUUUGUUAGAACAAGCAUAUCUUCAAAAUUGAUUAGUGGUGAGUGAGAGCUCUGGCCUGGACACCUGUUUUUGAUUCAGUGUGCUCUGCGUUGAUGUUCUUGGGAUUUCUUGGGUCUGUAAUCGCAUACGGGAACUGACUGAGCUUGUAAGUAUAUCAAUUUCUUCCUAAAAGAAGAUGUGCAGUGCACAAGCUGUGACACAAGCUGUGAACAUACUAUGUCAUGUAUGCAUAUCUUGUAGUUAUGUAUUUUUCUUUCCUCUCCAUAGCUUUGAACAUGAUUUGUAUAAUUGUAUUAAUUCAUAAGUGGUUUAGUUCCAUGCUAAUUUACAUUUUUCACGUUGAUAGUGCUACGGAAUCAACUGAAUUAGAAGAGGGUGUUAGUGCACAAAGUCUCCUUGGUAUUAGGAAUCCUAGAUCAAAAGUUCGGAAGGAUUUUAAACUUUAAGUAAUUGAUGGUUCUACUAAAGCAAUAUGCAUACACUGUGGUGCAGAACUAGUAGCUGGUAAGAGAUCUGGAACAAGUCAUUUGAAUUAUCAUGUUGAACAUUCAUGUCCUCAACUUAAGAUAUCAAGAAAAGGGAAGCAUGGUACUCCAAAAUCAGAAAUUCCACCGUUUGACCAACAACAAUGUCGUGAAGAUUUUGCUAGGAUGAUUACAUGUCAUAUCUAUGCAUUUAUGAUGUGUGAACAUUAUUACAUAAGGCAAUUCAUCAAUAGGCUGCAACCCUUAUUCAAGCCAGGGCAUAGAACUAGUACACAGGAUUGCUGAAGCCCUGAUGUGUACACAGGAUUGGCUAAGAGAAGACAUACCAGUUGAGUGUAAAAAGCCAAGAGGAGAUGGAUUAGAUAAUGAAGCAUCUUCACCAAUUUUGAAUCAAGAAGAGUUGUCUAUGCACUCCCAGUUGGCUUCACCGGUAAAAUGGGGGCACUGAAGCAGCUACUUCUAGGGGCCUUCAUCUAGUUCCUGUUUCACUUAGUAGUAGAGACAAUCUCGAUAAAAUGGUACAAGUCGGUGCUAUAUUAUUGAGAUAGAUGGUCCGCUUGCAAGAGAAAAUAUUGUUUCAUCUCUGAUUCUUGUGAACUGUAAGUUUUUGAUCUUGUUAUUACUAUUGCAGUAGUUCUUUUUCCAAGUUGUUAUGCAA